AUGGUAACUGUGAUAGCAUCCAAAGAAGAACUACCAACACCUGUGAAUAACGGUGUCAAUCCGACCAACGUUAGUGAUAACGAACGAGCAUCACAAUCCAUUAAAGAUUAUCAAGAAGUGGAUUUUCAUCGAACAGCAUCGUGUAAGCCUUUACCGGAGGAUCUAUUUGGAACAGUCAAUGGUCAAAUAACGAAAUCUUCGAUCAAGGGAACAUUCUUUGUGCAAAUCGAUGCAAUUGAGCCGUAUACUCAGAUAAACACUGAUCAAAACGAACAGACAAAUCAAUAUGAUCGUUUACUUUUAACACUCACCGAUGGUCACCAGAUCGUCAAGGCAGUGACCAAUGAUUACAUACCUAAUCUAAGUUUUAAUAUGAAAUCCGGUAGUAAACUAUUAUUAACUGAUACGAUACUUAUUCAAAAUGGUGUACUUCAAUUAACGCAUGACAAUACCCGUUUUCACUAUGGUUCAAACCGAUAUCAACGUCCACGAGCCACCGUUCGAGGUCGUGGAAAUGGUUCUUAUCGAACACCUUACGAAGGACGACGUAACUCAAGAUAUGAUAACGAUGAUGGUGAUACAAAUUUUCAUAAGCGUCCACCACCAAAAAAUACCUUGAUGGAUUUCAUGUCCACAUUGAAAAUAGCUGAUAGUAAUAAUGAAAAUGAAAAAAGCAAGGAACGUUUUGAUAAACGUCGGUAUAACAAUGAACCGAAUACAACGAAUCAUUCGAACUAUCAACCUCAUUAUCCAAUCAACAAUACUCAUAGUUCGAAUGAUCAAGUAUCCUUUCAACAAGAUGGAAUCGAUGAGCAGGGUGACUUCGACGAUGAUCCAACGCAUGCCAAUCAUCGUGAACGACGAAAUCCUUUACCGCCAAGACUUCAACGUGCACAAGAAGAACGAUCUCGUCGAGGCACGAAUCGAUUGUAUGACGAAGCAAUAUAUGGAAAUGAUAUAAAUAGUAUUUAUCGUAAUGAUGCAACAAGUAAUCAUUCACUGUCUUCCUUACCAUAUGGAAAUGAAACAUCGUACCCACAUAAUAACAUACCAACUGGUCAUCAACACAAUUCCUACGCGCAAGUUGCUAAUGGUACAAUACCAACACAUUUAACAUACUAUCAAGCAAAUCCAGGUUCUUUGCCAUAUAAUUUAGCUGCUAUUCAUAAUUCAACAUUUACCAAUCAGCCACCAUUUCUUGGACCUUCAUAUUCCAGUGACCAUAUAACAUUUUGUUAUGGACCACACUAUGCAACGCCGACGUAUCUUCCGAACUUAAACGGUGAUUUGAAAACUGAUGGUAAUAGCAAUCCUGAUAAUGAAAAUCUUGGGAAUACAGGAUCACUAAAUGAUGAGAAUAACGAUAGUGGAAUUAAAUCUGAAUCUUCCGCAACCGAACAAAAACAAACACCACCGUUGGUCAACGAGAACGAGACAAAUCCGUCCGAUGAAAAACGUCGAGAUUCCAAUUCGCAGAAUCAACGAAUUCGAUGGAAAGUAGGCGACAUGUGUCUAGCCCGAUGGAUUGAAGAUGGAGAAUUUUAUCCGGCAAAUAUUUGUGAAAUUCAUCCUCCUCACUGCACCAUUCUAUUUCGUGGCUAUAACAAUUACGAUCAAGUUCAUUUCAGUGAUUUAAAACCGAUCCCACGUGAUCAACAAUUCUAUCCAUUUGUUGCUCCGCUAACUGAUCUAAGUGUUUUUGCUGCUAAUCCAUACUACGCACCACGCGCAGGUUAUUAUCCAUCAACUAUGGACGGCUGUAUUUUAAUGCCUGAAGCUCCGCCAUUCCCAUUCAAUCCUGAUGGUAGUUUAUGUAUGUAUCCAUCAGCACAAUCUUCGUCGAUGCAAUCCAAUACACGGUCAACUCGGCAUAAUACAAAUGGCUUACCACCGCAGGACACCCGACGAAAUGAAAAUGGUGAUUUGACAUUGAAUUCGACGUCUUCGCCGAGCAAAGAUUCCAAUGAUACAAGUGUAAUUAAUUCAACUACAGCAUCAUCAAAUGAUGAAAACCAACAACAGGAUUUAUCUUUACCGCGGCCGUGUUCGAUCGCUGAUGCACCAUUAACUCUAGUCACAUCAGACGAUUUACGUGAACGCAGUCCGAGUACAGAGAGUUUACCUAGCAGCAAAUGUGAUGAUCAACAAUCGACAAAAGAUGACGAAGAAGAACCAACAAGAGAAUAA